GUUGAACAAAUAUACUGUUUUAUUUAAGAAUUCACUUUAAACGUGAUAAAUAUAUUAAUUGUUCAAAAUGCAAAAAGUUAUAGAUCUGCGCUCCGAUACUCUAACAAAGCCUUCAGAUGGGAUGCGACGGGCGAUAGCGGAUGCUGUGGUCGGCGACUCCAUGUAUAUCGAAGACCCAACAGUUAUCGAGUUGGAGAGCUAUGCGGCAAAAAUAAUGGGCAAAGAGGCGGCUAUUUUUGUUCCAUCGGGAACAAUGUCUAAUCUGGUUGCAGUGAUGGCUCACACUUGGGAAAGGGGAGCAGAGAUCUUAUUAGGAGAUUGUUCUCAUAUACAUAUCAAUGAGCAGGGCAAUAUUGGAACCAUAGCCCACGUCCACAGCCGUACUCUUACUAACAAAAGUGACGGAACUUUUAGUAUCGAUGAAUUGGUUUCAAAGAUUCGUUAUAACGUCGACUCUUUAUUCCCGAACACAGCUCUCGUCUGUAUUGAAAACACACAUAAUAUAUGCAACGGAACUCCACUUCCAUUAGAAUUCAUCGACAAAGUUUGUGAGAUUGCAAAAUCCAAUGGCAUUGCAGUGCAUAUGGACGGCGCCCGUAUAUUCAACGCCAGCCUCAAGACUGGUGUAUCCGUUGACAGAAUUAUUAAGAAUUGUGAUUCUCUAUCGUUUUGUCUUUCAAAGGGGUUGGGCUGUCCUAUUGGCAGUGUUUUGGUCGGCUCUAAACCCUUUAUACAACGAGCCAUAAGAUGUCGUCGAGUAUUGGGUGGAGGUAUGAGACAGGCGGGCGUUUUGGCAGCCGCUGGUCUUUUUGCUUUAAGACACAACAUCGAGAGAAUGCAUUUGGAUCACAAACACGCCUUUAUGAUUGCAUCAGCUAUCGCUAACCAAAACAAAAGUUUCAUCAAAAUUGAUAUGAAGAAUAUUCACACAAAUAUUGGUUAUAUUGAUGUCGACCCCAAAUGGAUGACUGCAUCUCAAUUACAAAUGAGGAGAAAAUUGAAUUUGGAGAGCGAUGUGUUGCCGUCAAAAUGGGUUUCAAAACUCCAACCAGAAUACGAUUUGUUACUCAUUUAGACAUCACUUAUGAGGACACACUUCUAUUGAUUGAAAAAUUAAAUUUUGUUAUCAAUAAUUUUAAUAAACUCUAAACCAUUAC